AUGGGUAGUUCUCUAAUUUCGAGAACUACCCUUCUGCAUGACCCCGACAUGGCAUUCUCGUCUGCAGAGGAUUUGAGUACCAUCCUGCUGCAGGUCAAGGCACGCCUCGUUAGCGAAGGGCCUUUGACGCACGCGCUCAGGCCUGAAAGCUUCUCGCAGGUCGAGGUGAGAAUCGGCACCGGGAUGCUGGUGGGCAUACUUCUUUUCUUUAGCUUUGUGCUGAUGCAUGAGCUCUUCGUGGGAGCAGGAGGGAAGCCGCUCUUAGCAAGGAGGGAUGGUAGCAACUCAACACUGCUCCAGCUUGGCUUCUUGAUUGGCUGGUUUGUGCCUUUCGUCACCAAGUCGCUAUCGAUACCUAUUUCGCUGGAUUACGCGCUGGCUAUGGGAGAGUCCGCCACCGCAAGCGGAGUGAUGAUCGGGACCAUGCCAGUGGGUGCACUCGUCGGCACCUUGCUUGGGAAGAGAUUCACCAACGAACAGGACUGGGACCAACGCCAUGCUCGUAAGGUCUUUGUCUGCUGCUAUGGACUCAAUGUGUGUUUCAUGCCGGCCAUUGCUUUGCUCAUCCAGUCCAGCGUCGGAUGGAGUGUAGAGGCCAAGCGCAUGGUUUUUUGGCUUGUAGUCUAUCUGACUUUUGUAGCCAAUGUGCUCGGUGGUAUGAUCAUGAUUCCGUGGUGCACCAUGUGGAAUCUGGUUACUCCCCACGAUGACAAGACGUUUUGGUCGAUGCUGGCCCAGUGUUCCAAAAACUGCGGCUUCAUCGCGGGUCCGAUCUGCUUUGCCAUCCUAAGCCGCUUCGUUCGGGGAAGCUACGCCAGUGACGCAGUGUCCCCAAUCAGCAUGAUGAGCUGGGUCCACAUGGGCAUGUUCUUUGUCCAGGCCACUGAGUUAGCGACCGUCGCCGCCAUCCUUCCCACUCAAAUUCCGGAUGUGAGCCCCCAGGCGAGCGAGGACAAGUGCAAUGCAAAGGACGCCUUACAGGAUGUUGAGCCCGAGAGCUUGAGCGAAGACGCGCGUGAGCAAAUCGUGUGGAACAUGGUGUACUACGCCUAUGAGCGAUGCUUCUCCAUCUCCGCAAUAGAGGUGGCCACCAUAAUGCUCUUAGAG